AUGCAGAUCUUCAAGCUGCUGCCUGCCUCUGUCCUUGUCGGCGCUACCUGCGCCGCCUCUCUGCAGCCUCGCUCGAGCCGAUCCGACUGCCUUCGGGACACUACCGAGAAUGCUGCGCUUGGAGCGCCUCAGAAAGCCGACGUGGCCAUCUGCUACCACGGAGACAACGCUUCCACCUCCGAUGAUGGUGAAAUGAUCAAAGACGACGACCAUUACGGCUACUUUUACAAGACCAGCUGCGACCACAGGAGGGUCGGUCUCGACUGCUUCUGGAUGAAGGGCCCCAACACUUGGAGAGGCUACAAGGAUGGCGGCUCCGACAACGUUUACGUCAAGUACUUCAACAACAAGUGCAGCUACGACAGCUCCACCGUGACCGUCAACUGCUCGACUUAG